CGCAAACAGAGCAAACGCCCACAGCGCGAGCAGCGGACACACACGAACCAGCAGGCAGGCGUCAUCAGCACACGGUUGCACUCGCCACCACACGGCAGCAGAGAUGGCGACGAAGCGUCGGCUGAAGACGGAACACGCACAAUUUAAGAAGACACCUCCAGAAGGUGUCACGCUACUCACAGAUGACCCUACAUCCACGCGAUGGAUCGUUCAAAUAGCUGGCGCCCCAAAUACGGUGUACGCUGGAGAGACGUUUCAGUUGCAGCUCUCAUUUUCAGAUAAGUACCCAUUCUCGCCACCCGAAGUCAUCUUCCUCGACAACCCACCGCAACACCCCCACGUGUACAAGAACGGACACAUCUGCCUCAGCAUCCUCUACCAAGAAUGGUCACCAGCGCUGACUGCAAGCUCUGUUUGCGUCAGCAUUCUCAGCAUGCUCAGCUCUGUCAGCAAGAAGGAGUGGCCCAUUGACAAUGACUCGUACAUGGCUCGCUGGCGCAUCUCUCGUCACGGUCCACAGAAGACACUGUGGGACUUCCAUGACGACACUGUGUAGCCUGUGUGUGGGCUAAGUACGGCCUUCAGACGUCUCACUUGGCCCAACUUCCAACAAGAGACAUGCACCCCCCCCCGGAUUCUCUGCUUAAUUGAACCAACACCAGUCAAGCUCCUCAUCACGCUAAUGCAUCAGUUCCUCUCCUUAUUGGCCAUCCACAACACCACCAACACUCGGCUGCACACUGCACGUGCACAUGUUGUUGUAUUUCUCUUCUUGUAAUCACGAAUGAACAUCAAAGCAACGCUGCGCAAUGAUUCCAACAGCACCGGGAAACACACACACAAACACACACACACACACACGUAUUGUGGGGCUUCAAUAGAAUUUGGUUUCGCGGG